AUGGAUGCGGGAAGGGGCCUCUGGUUUGGAGUGCAGCCCGCUCGGAAGCGGGGCCGAGUUCUAACGCCUCCCCAGACAAGCCUGGUUGCUGUCAGAUGUGCAUCUAAAAAGAGUGGGGGCAGCUCCAAAAAUUUAGGUGGCCGCAGCCCUGGGAAGCGCUAUGGAUUCAAAAAAGUAGAAGGGGCCUUCGUGCACGCAGGGAACAUCUUGGCGACCCAGCGGUUGAUUCGCUGGCAUCCUGGGGCUCAUGUAGGGAUGGGCCGUAACAAGACACUCUAUGCCUUGGAGGAUGGGAUUGUGAGAUACACCAAAGAGGUCUACAUACCCCCACCCCGCAGCAGCGAGAGCAGGGAAGUGAUCUGUCGUCUACCCAGAGGAGCAGUUCUUUAUAAAACCUUUAUCAGUGUUGUCCCUACCACAGAAGUAGGAAGCUUUAAACUGGUCACCAUGCUCUGA